AUGCAGCAGGCGCCGCAGCCUUACGAGUUCUACAGCGAAGAGAACAGUCCGAAAUGGCGGGGACUGUUGGUCUCGGCCCUGCGGAAGGUCAGUGAGCAAGUACAUCCCAAUCUCUCAGCUAAUGAAGAGUCUCUCUAUUAUAUUGAAGAGCUGAUUUUUCAGUUGCUUAAUAAAUUAUGCAUGGCCCAACCAAGGACUGUUCAAGAUGUGGAGGAACGAGUUCAAAAGACCUUUCCUCAUCCAAUUGAUAAAUGGGCUAUUGCUGAUGCACAGUCUGCCAUAGAGAAACGAAAAAGAAGAAAUCCUCUCUUACUACCUGUGGACAAAAUCCAUCCUUCAUUGAAGGAAGUUUUAGGAUACAAAGUGGACUACCAUGUGUCCCUGUAUAUUGUGGCUGUGCUGGAGUAUAUCUCAGCUGAUAUUCUGAAAUUGGCUGGUAAUUACGUUUUUAAUAUCCGACAUUAUGAAAUAUCUCAACAAGACAUUAAAGUGUCAAUGUGUGCAGAUAAGGUUUUGAUGGACAUGUUUGAUCAGGAUGACAUAGGCUUGGUUUCUCUUUGUGAAGAUGAACCUAGUUCUUCAGGUGAAUUAAACUACUAUGACCUUGUUAGAACUGAAAUUGCAGAAGAAAGACAGUAUCUACGGGAACUAAAUAUGAUCAUAAAAGUGUUUCGAGAAGCUUUUCUUUCUGACAGAAAGCUGUUUAAACCUUCUGAUAUUGAAAAGAUUUUCAGUAACAUUUUAGAUAUACAUGAAUUGACUGUGAAACUUUUAGGUUUAAUUGAAGACACAGUUGAAAUGACUGAUGAAAGUAGCCCUCAUCCCUUAGCUGGCAGCUGUUUUGAAGAUCUGGCAGAGGAGCAAGCAUUUGAUCCUUAUGAAACAUUAUCCCAGGAUAUUCUUUCACCAAAAUUUAAUGAACAUUUCAGUAAGUUGAUGGCCAGACCUGCAGUGGCUCUACACUUUCAGUCCAUUGCUGAUGGUUUUAGAGAGGCAGUUCGUUAUGUCCUUCCACGCCUUAUGCUGGUGCCAGUAUAUCAUUGUUGGCACUAUUUUGAAUUAUUAAAGCAAUUGAAAACAUGUAGUGAAGAGUAUGAAGACAGAGAAUGUUUGAACCAAGCUAUUACUGCUCUCAUGAAUCUCCAAGGCAGUAUGGACCGAAUUUACAAGCAGUAUUCACCUAGACGCCGACCUGGGGAUCCUGUUUGCCCUUUUUAUAAUCGUCAAUUAAGAAGCAAGCACCUGGCUAUUAAAAAAAUGAAUGAAAUUCAGAAAAACAUAGAUGGAUGGGAAGGCAAAGAUAUUGGACAGUGUUGUAAUGAAUUUAUUAUGGAAGGCCCAUUGACAAGAAUUGGUGCUAAACAUGAACGGCAUAUUUUUCUCUUUGAUGGCUUAAUGAUUAGCUGCAAACCCAAUCACAGCCAGUCACGCCUUCCAGGAUGCAGUAGUGCAGAAUACAGAUUAAAAGAAAAAUUUGUCAUGAGGAAAAUACAAAUAUGUGAUAAAGAAGAUACUUGCGAGUGCAAACAUGCAUUUGAGUUAGUAUCCAAAGAUGAAAACAGCAUAAUAUAUGCUGCUAAGUCUGCAGAAGAGAAAAAUAAUUGGAUGGCAGCACUUAUUUCCCUUCAGUACCGUAGUACUCUUGAUCGAAUGCUAGAUUCAGUAUUAUUGAAGGAAGAAAAUGAACAACCAUUGAGAUUACCAAGUCCUGAAGUGUAUCGUUUUGUGGUAAAAGACUCUGAGGAAAACAUUGUUUUUGAAGACAACUUGCAGAGUAGAAGUGGAAUCCCCAUUAUUAAAGGAGGAACUGUGGUGAAAUUAAUUGAAAGGCUAACGUAUCAUAUGUACGCAGAUCCCAAUUUUGUUCGUACUUUUCUUACUACAUAUCGUUCAUUUUGUAAACCACAGGAAUUACUAAGCUUACUGAUUGAACGAUUUGAAAUUCCAGAGCCAGAACCUACUGAAGCAGAUAAAUUGGCAUUAGAAAAAGGCGAGCAGCCCAUCAGUACAGACCUUAAAAGGUUUCGCAAGGAAUACGUCCAACCAGUACAACUUAGGAUCUUAAAUGUGUUUCGGCACUGGGUUGAACACCAUUUUUAUGACUUUGAAAGAGACUUGGAGCUGCUUGAAAGACUAGAAUCCUUCAUUUCAAGUGUAAGAGGGAAAGCUAUGAAGAAAUGGGUAGAGUCAAUUGCUAAGAUCAUCAAGAGGAAAAAACAAGCUCAGGCAAAUGGUAUAAGCCAUAAUAUUACCUUUGAAAGUCCACCUCCACCAAUUGAAUGGCAUAUCAGCAGACCAGGACAGUUUGAAACAUUUGAUCUCAUGACACUUCAUCCAAUAGAAAUUGCACGUCAGCUGACACUUUUGGAAUCUGAUCUCUACAGGAAAGUUCAACCUUCUGAACUUGUAGGGAGUGUAUGGACCAAAGAAGAUAAAGAAAUAAAUUCUCCAAAUUUAUUAAAAAUGAUUCGGCACACCACAAAUCUCACCCUCUGGUUUGAAAAAUGCAUUGUGGAGGCAGAAAAUUUUGAGGAACGGGUGGCAAUACUGAGUAGAAUUAUAGAAAUUCUGCAAGUUUUUCAAGAUUUGAAUAAUUUCAAUGGUGUACUGGAGAUCGUCAGUGCAGUAAAUUCUGUAUCAGUCUAUAGACUAGAUCAUACCUUUGAGGCGUUGCAGGAAAGAAAAAGGAAAAUUUUGGAUGAAGCUGUGGAAUUAAGUCAAGAUCAUUUUAAAAAAUAUCUAGUGAAACUUAAAUCAAUCAAUCCACCCUGUGUGCCUUUUUUUGGAAUAUAUUUAACAAAUAUACUGAAGACUGAAGAAGGGAAUAAUGAUUUUUUAAAAAAGAAAGGGAAAGAUUUAAUCAAUUUCAGUAAGAGGAGGAAAGUAGCUGAAAUUACUGGAGAAAUUCAGCAGUAUCAAAAUCAACCUUACUGUUUACGGAUAGAACCAGAAAUGAGGAGAUUCUUUGAAAACCUUAACCCCAUGGGAUGUGCUUCUGAAAAAGAGUUUACAGAUUAUUUGUUCAACAAGUCACUAGAAAUUGAACCCCGAAACUGCAAACAGCCACCUCGAUUUCCUAGGAAAUCAGCUUUCUCCUUAAAAUCUCCUGGAAUAAGGCCUAACACAGGCCGACAUGGCUCUACCUCAGGUACUUUGCGAGGUCACCCAACACCAUUAGAAAGAGAACCAUGUAAAAUAAGCUUUAGUCGGAUUGCUGAAACGGAGCUUGAAUCAACAGUGUCAGCACCAACCUCUCCAAAUACACCAUCUACCCCACCAGUAUCUGCUUCUUCAGAUCUUAGUGUGUUUUUAGAUGUGGAUCUCAACAGUUCCUGUGGAAGCAAUAGCAUCUUUGCUCCAGUCCUCUUGCCUCAUUCAAAGUCUUUCUUCAGUUCGUGUGGUAGUUUACAUAAGCUAAGUGAAGAGCCACUGAUUCCUCCGCCACUUCCACCUCGAAAAAAAUUUGAUCAGGAUGCUUCAAAUUCCAAGGGAACUAUGAAAUCUGAUGAUGACCCCCCUGCUAUUCCACCAAGACAACCUCCUCCUCCAAAGGUAAAACCCAGAGUUCCUGCUCCUACCGGUCCAUUUGACGGGCCUCUGCAUAGUCCACCUCCACCGCCGCCGAGAGAUCCUCUUCCUGAUACCCCUCCACCAGUUCCACUUCGGCCUCCAGAACACUUUAUAAACUGUCCGUUUACUCUUCAGCCACCUCCACUGGGACAUCUUCACAGAGAUCCCGACUGGUUCAGAGACGUUAGUACGUGUCCAAAUUCUCCGAACACUCCUCCUAGCACACCCUCUCCAAGGGUACCUCGUCGAUGCUAUGUGCUCAGUUCCAGUCAAAAUAAUCUUGCUCAUCCUCAAGCUCCCCCUGUUCCACCAAGGCAGAAUUCAAGCCCUCAUCUACCAAAACUGCCACCAAAGACUUACAAACGGGAGCUUUCACACCCCCCAAUGUACAGACUGCCUUUGUUAGAAAAUGCAGAAACUCCUCAAUGA